CCUAUUCUUAGCCCACAGCAACUUCUGCUCCUUCCUUGUCUGCCUUUUUCUACAGGACCUGAAGGAGGAGCAGACAGAGUUUCUGGACAAGGGGCUGGGAAUGGGUAUGUGUAAACCCUCCAAGGUCAAACAGGCCCGAGUUUUGCUCCUGGGACUGGAUUUCUCAGGGAAGUCAACAAUCCUUUACAAACUAAAGCAUGCCAAGGACUUCAUGACCCUCCCAACCAUUGGCUUCAACGUGGAGAUGUUGGAGAUAGAGAAAAACAUCCAUCUCACAGUCUGGGAUGUCGGAGGGCAGCUCCAUAUGAGAAGCUUUUGGGGCCAUUACUGUGAGGACACAGAUGUGCUGGUGUAUGUGGUGGACAGCACUGACUGGAGGCACCUAGAAGACUCCCGCAGAGAAUUUGAGUGUCUCCUGAAGAAUGAGCACAUCAGACGUGUUCCAGUUGUGUUGCUAGCCAACAAACAAGAUCUGCCUGGAGCCUUCACAGCUGAGGACAUCACCAGGAAAUUCAAGAUGAAGAAAAACUGUGGUGACCGAGACUGGUAUGUCCAGCCUUGCUGUGCCACCUCAGGGGAUGGCCUGACUGAAGGCUUCCACAAAGUGAUGGAGUUCAUCAAAAGCUACAGGAAAUCCGCAGAAGCAACUUUGGCCUUCUUCAAGCAGAAUCAAAACUACACAGGGAACCCCAGGACUUGGUGAGGAACACAACUGCAUCUGGAAACAGGAGGUUCUGGUGGAGUUCACAAACUAUAAGGAAUCCUGCUUCUGCUUGGCAUCCGCAAUGACUCUUCUCCAUGAUGGAGCUGAACUUCUUUGGCUGGCGUGAAACUCCCCAUUUUAUGCCUUGCUUGGUAUUGACCAUCAGAAGAUCGCUGGAUAAGGUUAUCUCUGUCAUUAUAUAUCUUUUAAGGAUUCUCGUACAAUUUUGACACAUCCAUGGUAGACACCUUGCUGGAGCAAAGUGUUUAAGAUGACAUUUUAAUAAUGCUGAUAAAUACAAAAAUAAAAGGAGAUUAUAUUUGUAAAGCACGUAGCAACCUUUAAAGCACUAUAUAAAUCCUAGCUAUUAUUAUAAAAAUAAUGAUAAUAACCACCAGCAUUUAUACAGCCAAGUGGUUUGAGUAGGUAGUUUUGGUCUUCCUAAGCAAAUGAUUUUUUUCUUUUCACAAACAAUAAGCAUAAUAAGGUCUUGUAUACUCUAAAUCUUUCACUCAAAUGUGUAAAGGUAAAUAGUUUACUAUGAAAUGGACCUUGUGAAAAUCUUCCUGUUUCCUUCUAACAACCUCAUCAAGAAUGAUCUCAAUAUGUAUAUAAAUUAUUCUCAUAAAAAUUAUUUUUACAUAUGGAUGUACAAAUAUGUAUGUAUAUAGGCAUGUGCAUGUAUUUGUAUGUAUACACAUGUGAAUUUCACAUAUAUGAAUAUCUAACGA